AUGCCUCGUACAAACAAAGAAAUUGAGGAACUGAUUGAAAAAGCGCUGGAAAAACUACAUACCCAAUCUCGGCCAAAUAUCUCGAAAGUUGCGCGUGAAUUUGAUGUACCCUAUCAACGGCUCCGUAGCCGCUAUCGGGGCAAAAAAUCACUAUUUGAACGUGAACCUAAUGGUCGGAAGCUUGAUCCUGCCCAAGAGAAAGCUUUAUGUGGCUGGAUAGACUAUAAUGAUAGUCUAGGAGUACCAGUUAAGCGUACACAAAUUGUGGCAGCUGCAACUUCAAUUUUGAAACUGGCAAACCCAUCCUCACCACCACUGAGUGAAAAAUGGCUCAAACGCUUCCUACAACGACAUCCUAAAUACAAUAUCCGACGUCGAAAAAGCCUUGAUAUUGAACGUCUUCAUGCACAUGACAAAUCAUUGAUUCAGGAGUGGUUUCAAAGGUUUCAAAAUGCAUUUGAUCUAUAUGGUGUUCAACCUGAAGAUUUAUAUGAUUUUGAUGAAACAGGCUUCCAAAUUGGUAUUGGAAAAGACCAAUGGAUCAUUACACGUGAACCUAGGCGAAAAAUUGUUUCUGGAAAUCCUAAUAUUCACACCAAAACAAUUCAACGAUUUCAGAGACUUGAGAGCAGGCUUUUGACGUUGAACAAGGAUAUUUCUCAUUAUGAAAAUAUUGUCAAAAAGCUCUCAAAGGGGGCACAAUCAUGUGCAUAUCAGCUAGAGGAGGCACACCGAGAGAUUGAGACAUCAAAAGCUGCAACUGCUGCACGCCAUGCACGUUAUGCGAAUGUGGCAAAAAUGAAGCAGGAUAAACAAAAGCUGACUGAUUUGGAGGCAAUUGAUAAACUGCGGCCCCAGUGGAAGAAGGUUAUGAUUGAACUAAAACGGCACUGUAGGCAGUCAGGACGCCGUUUGAAGCGCUGA